CCCUAAUUUCCCCAUGUGGUUUUCCGCAUGCAAACGUAAAAACUAUUCUUUCCAAUCCUAAUACAAUCGAUCCCAAAAAAGAAGUCCUAGUCAUAAAUUCAGUUUUACGUAAUUAAUCUACUAAUGGCAGGACUUGAAGCACUCAAGAACCCUACUGCAGCCACCACCGCUAAAACAACCAACAUGGCCCAGCCAAACAAAGUUGCAGUGCGUAGGUUUGUUGGAGUCAGGCAAAGGCCAUCAGGAAGAUGGGUAGCUGAAAUAAAAGACUCAUCUCAACGAGUAAGGCUGUGGCUAGGAACAUAUGAUACUCCUGAAGAAGCAGCUAAAGCCUACGAUGAAGCAGCUCGUGCCCUACGCGGAGAAAAUGCUCGAACCAACUUUGCCUCUGUUAAUCCUAACUCAUACCACUCCGGCUCAUCACCUUCUAAUGGUGGGUUCGUGUCAGAAUCAGAUGGGCGGCACAGUCUUAGCUUCUCUUCAUUGAAGGCUAAAUUGAGCAAGAAUCUCCAAAGUAUCAUGGCUAGAACGACAGAGAGUAGGUCUACAAAUAAUAGAGUGAGUGACCACUUCACUUUUGCUAAUAUAUUCCAUUUUAGGAGCCAACAAUACCAAAAGCCAGUUGACAUGAAGAAAAUUGAGAAAGUGGUGCAACCAAGUAUUAUUGUGCCACAUGCAGCAGAUAAUCAUGAGCUUGAACAAUCUUCUUUGGAAACCUCGAGUGUUUCUGAUUGUAGUAAUGAAUGGAUUGGAUUCAGACAACAUGGGGUCGAUUCAGAUGGAUCGGAUAAUGGAGAAGUUAGUAUUGGUGAUCAAGGACUUGUGGAUCAAAUGAUGUGUUGGAUUGAAAGCCCGGAGAUUGGAGUCGAAACUUCAAGGAGUAAGAGGUUUAAAGUUGCAUCUUCUGUUGUGAUUCCUCCAACAUUUAGUGGCUCUGCAUCUCCAUCUUUCUGUGGCUCUCCUUUUCACGGUCACAAUUCAUCAAGAUUUGAAGGGUGAUUAUAUAUGUCUUGUGUGCUACGCCAAAGCCUCUUUAAAGAAGGGUAUAAGAAGCGAUUAUAAGAGCAGCUGUUUAUGUGUUUGAUGAUGAUGAAGAAGUUUCUAAUUACUUAGCAUGUACAGAAGAUAGUAAUGCAUGGAUGUUUGAAAUAUGUCAUAAUAAGUGUAGUUUUGCUGUGUAGGGCUAAGCCAUGAGAGGCCUGUUUCCGCUGGCAAUACCAAAAAGCUCGUGCCGGUUGCCCCUGUAACAUUUUGCUUUCUAAAGGCAUAUGAUAGUCAACUUGGCCUAUGCCUUGGAAGCUAAUGUAAGUUGCAGCAGUACUAUAUGGUAUACUUAUAAAACGCGAUAAAUGAGGAAUUAUUACAUAGAUAUGUCAUAUA